CCACUUGGAGGCGUCUGGAGCCGAAGCCUGGAGCCAGCCAGGGCGCUGAGAGGGCUGGAGACUCGCCACCACGCCAGGGCUGCUGAGGUCACGGUCGCCGGGGCCCGAGGGCACCUGCUCGCGGUUCCGCCCGCUCUCUGAUAAUUGUGCGGGAGGCUGGACUCGCAGCGGCGACGGCGACGACAGCAGCAGCAACAGCGAGGACUGGAGCAGGGGCAGCAGCAGCAGCAGCAGCAGCAGCAGCAGCAGCCACACCAGCCGUGACACCAUGGAUCUGUCUUUUAUGGCCGCUCAGUUGCCCAUGAUGGGAGGAGCGUUCAUGGACUCAUCCAAUGAGGACUUCAGUACCGAGUACUCCCUGUUUAACUCCCCUGGCAAUGUCCACUCGACGUCCAACGGCCACGGCCAGCCUGAGGAGUCUCCUCGCUCCUCCAACGAUGCUGUUCUGCUAUGGAUUGCCAUCAUAGCAACACUGGGGAACAUAGUGGUGGUAGGGGUGGUGUAUGCCUUCACCUUCUGAGGAUGCUGAAGCUGUGGGGAUGCCCCUCCCACUCUGGACUCACCUAGUAAGGUUUUUCAUGUGGCUCCAUCUUUCUCCCAGAUGCUGGAGACACCUAUGUUCUUGAAUGGUCCCUGGAGGGGCAGGCACCAUACAUCUGUAAUUUCCUCCAGGCAGAUCGGGUUUAGCAUAUUCCAUGUUGAGGUUGAGCUCAUUCAAGACACCUUGAAGUUGGUGCUUUCAGCUCCUAAAAGCUUGAUGGCUUGAGUCCUUCAAACAGCAGACUGAAAAAUUCUUGAAGUUUCGGUCAGUCCCAGAAUGAUGGUUUUGAACAUCCUAUUGGGUGGGAAAAAUGCAGAUCUGGUUUGGUGACAUUUUCUUAGCAGUCAAUUAUCACUGUAUGUCAUAUUUUUUUUCUGCAGACUUUUUGAACCCAGUAUGUGGGUACUGGGACAAGAAGAACUUUCACAAGUUAGAAUUCCUACCUUUUAAUUUUAUGUCCCACCCCUCGGGACACUGACUGCGAUGUUGUAAGGUCGCAGAGUGUUGAGAAAUUGACUUGUAAAUGAUACUUUGUCACCAGACACUUGGUCCCUUGCAGACUCCAAAUGCAUUAGAAAACCCAGACACUGGAAUGAACUUUCUGAUCUUUGUAAGAAAAGCAGAAGACGUCUUCACAUUUUAGAUCGUCCAGGCAGUUAGCAUUCUCUCCUCCGAGGAUGAUUUAAUCAUGUCCCCCUCAUCACUGGACAGAUGUCAGGGGCAGGGGCCUGAUGAUGGUGUGGUAAGAUAAUGAAGGAGUCAGCGCUGAGUCUGACCUCCAUCCUAGCCAAGUUCUCUAGUGAGCCCGUCCCCACACCACCCCAGCAGCUGAGGCGCAGAGGGAAUCAGGAGAUGUUCAGUCUGGGCAUUUACAGGUCAUCUGGUCUCUGUGCUGUAAAUUGGUUUAGCUGCUGUGCCCUCCGUCACAGGUUUGAUUCCCCACACCCCUCAGUGUAUCCAGCCAUACUUGCAAAUGCUUUGGGGGAAGCUGUUAGUACAGAGAACUGGCCCAACCUUUGUUGCCAAGAAGUAGGGGCAUAGAGUGUCUUCUGAGCCUCCUAGAAUCCUCAGCAGGGCAGGACGCUGGGCUGACACUCAGCUGUUGUGUGUUGGGCAUGGAAGUUGUGGGAUGUUUGCUCUGGCUUCCUGCCUCCUCGUCACACCCCUGAGCCUUUCCCUGUGCCGAGGGUGGGGCACUCUCAUGAGAGAACCCAAGCCAGCAUUGGGAACGGGAGUGUGCUGUGACCCAGUGCUAUCUGAGUGCCUCUUGGGAGCUGCAGCUGGUGGUCUGUCCCCUACCUUAUCUCCAUGGAGAUGGCAGGUUGGGGAAGGAUCUGUGUCUGCUGUACUGAGAGACAGGACAGGAAAGCUAAGGACAGCUUCUAGCCUUGUAAGCAUGUCAGUGCUUUUACACACACACACACACACACACACACACACACACACACAGGCACACAGGCACACACAGAGAGAGAGAGAGAGAGAGAGAGAGAGAGAGAGAGAGAGAGAGAGUCAGAUGACAUCUUUCCUGCUCUCCUAGAUCAGACAGAGUGUUACAUUGUAGACAGUGUUACAUUGUCACGGACAUGGGAAUCCCCUUGCCAACCUGGCAUCAACUGGUCACAUUCUGCCCUCCUAUUUGCUCCAGUUUCCUAUCUGAACUUCCUCACCACAGAUAACAGUGAGGAACAAAUGACAGGUCCCAGCCAGAGUAGCCAAGGUGCAGCCCACUGUCCUUCCUGCCUCUGCUUGGCUCUGUCUUGGUCAUCAGCUAAGGGACGAGCAGGCCUGAGCUCAGUGCUUGAGUGUUGUGAGCAGGCAUGGUGCUAGAUUUUUAUGCACAGCCUUCAUCCUUCCAUCACCUCAUAGCAGCAAGGUCCGUCGUGCCCAGAAAGGAACCAGAGGCCCAAAGAAGUGGAGUAACUUCCGUCAGGCCACACAGUGUAGAAGCGAGGAUCCUCUCUCUCCACUGAGGUACAUUUGAACAGGACUUGAGUCAUCAUAAGGUGUUUCCCAAGGUAUCCCAGCUUGGGAUGGCUCAGACCAUCAGAAUGGGACAGCUUCGGCUUUGUCUACACCCCAGGGAUAAUGAACCUUCCCCCACCACUUAAAAUCGACCUUCAAUCUCCAUGUAGGUCUCCAAGAAGGGUUCCCGAAGUAGGGUUUCUUGGUCACAUGUAUAAGGGGCCCCCAGCAAGGCUUGCAAGCCCCAAGGAACUGCACAUUAGGAAGGUUUCAGUGACCAGCACUGCAGUCAGAUUGUGUAGCAAGCUGACCCAAGCUGGGGUACAGUCUUUCUGUGAGCCCCAAAGCUCUCCAGAGCAGAGGAUAGCAUCUUCUUGGGGACCCCAGCUAGUACCCCAUUGCCUUCUCCCUAGGUAAGGCGGGUCCCAGAGCCCCUUUAAUUUGACAGGAAGGCCCUUACCUUUUGGGUAUCUGACCCUUGGAGAAGUGCUGCCCUUGCUGAAAUGUUCCCUGUGGUCCAUGAAAUCCAAUUAGAGGAACUUAUGAGUUCCUUUUCUGCCUUGCCCAGAGAGGCCACUGUCCCUCCUUGUAUGCGUUUCUAGGAUCCCAAGGAUCAGGAAAUGGGGCAGGUCAGUGCCACACAGCCAGAGAGGCAGUAUGCCAGCUUCUGGUCCUGGCUAGGAUGCUUGUCCACUGACUAGGAUCUGUGUGGGAGCUAGAGCCACACACGCAGCUGAAUAUGUGAUCUGGGCAUUGUGGCCCUCUCCUGCAGGGGUAUGGCCACCCUUUGUCAUCAAUGGGUAGUAAAAUGGCCUAUCUCUCCUGCUGCAGCCAGUCUUGCCUAUCUCUCCUGCUGCAGCCAGUCCUACUUACAAGAUCAUAUAUUUCCCAAGUCGGGACCAAGGAGGAGCAGUCAGAGACCAACUGGCACAUGGGCACCUGUGCCAAGCCCUCCUAGCCUCUUUCCUCCAGGGCCACUCUGUGCAGGGUCUGGAGGAGAGAGAGGGUGCUAAGCUUCAGCUGAGAGCCCCGAGGUACAGAACACAGGCUCGGUGGGGCUCCUUGAAGAAACCGGGGGAUGAAAUUAUGAGCUCUGGUUACCCCUUGUGCAACCUCCUGAGAUCAGAGCUUGAGCAAGACCUGGUAUGGGGGAGGGAGGGAGGGAACCACAAAACCCACAGGGCAGAGGGCAAUGCACAUCACUACCAGCGUGACAAAACCCUGCCAUCACUCAGGACAGAUGGAGGCUACACCUGGAACACAAGUCUGCAUGGUUGGGCCUGGCUCACUGUGGGUGCCGUCUGUGGUUUACUGAUGGGAAAUAAAACCCAAGGGCCGAAAAGUUGCUCAGUGGGUAGAGCAUGAGAACCCUGAGUUCAGAUCCUCAGAGCCCACAUUAAAGUAAAACCAGCUCUGGGAGGAGGGGGGAAGAUAGGCAGGUUCAGGGGGUUCGCUGGCCAGCUACUAGAACCAAAAAAGAUGAGCUCUGGUUCCGUGAGAGACGAUGGUUCUUCUUUUGUUUGCUUUGAGUUUUGUUUUGCUUUUUUAAAUGGUGAGUGGAUAAAUGAUUAAGGAGGAUCCUUGAUGUCAACCCCUGGUCUCCACAUGCAAGCAAGUACAAGUACCUACACAUGUACAUGUGUGCACACAUGCACACGUAGACAAGAUAGAGAGAGAGAGAGGGAGAAGGAAAUCCAGGUGACUCAGGCCUUUCCGAGGACAAGCUUGAGCACAGUAGUGUCCUCAUGACUGUCAAGGCCACAUCAUUGGGGAGACAUCGUCUCAACCUCCCCAUCUUUCUGCCGAUGGCUGCCUCAAAAGCAUUUCGGAUCUGCUUUUCCAUGGGGCUAACUCCCAGCCGAUGUGCGUUCAGCGUGCAUUGGCCACAGGGUACUUCGGAGCGAGCCCUGGUUCUUCAUGGAGCCCUCUGUCUGGUGGAGUAGCCCAAGUCUAUGUCUGCCUCCUGUGGUCUUUCUUGAUUUUUUUUUAAGACUUGCAGCCUGUAUGAGACCUCAUGUGACUGAGGAUAGCUGUGCUUUCCACCCAAAACAAAAUCAUACACUUAAAACAUUACGAGUUUGCUUUUUCUUUUGUCCUUUGUAACUCAGUUGCUCAGUUUGGGGUGGGAACUUUGCAGAUGGUGUCACUGUGCUGAAAUGUCAAAGCAUAAGACCUGAGAAUCAUUGGCAUUUGCAGUUCAAUGUACUGUUAUUACAUUACCAAUCGUUCUGUGUGCAGGCUUGCCAAGAGGGCAUGGAUGCCCAACCUCAGGUGGGUUUGAGGGCAUUGCCAGGUGGGCUGAUCUGUAGAAGAGCAGAGUCUUGUCCCCAGAUUUCCCACCAGAGAAUUCCCGUGAUUCUUCAUUUCAGGCGCCAUUGUUCCCCAGGGGACAUUUGGCAAUGCCUAGAGAUCAUUCUUGUCUCGGGUUUACAGAGGAGUGCGGAGGUCCUGCCUCUAGAGGGUGGAGGCCAGAGGUGCUGCUCAUCCACACACACAGGAUGGACCCUAUGGCUGAGUGCUACCCAGCCCCCAAAUGCCAACGGCACCGAAGAUGGGAGACUCCAUCAGACCUCAGAGUCCAAAUCGAUGGGGAGUUUUCCAAAGCUGCACCCGUCAUGUGUGAGUCAGAUCACACGUGGGUCAGAGAAAAUCAGAGCACAGAGGCUGCUCAAGGUGAGAGAAUGUCAGCCAUGUGACUGCUCCCUGGGUGGAGAUGACCCUACGAUACAGCCAGACUGCUGAGGCUGAGCCUGCCUCCCACCUGUGACUCUGUCCAGGACCUCUGAGGCCUGCCUCUCACCAGGGCACCUGAGAAACAUGAUCAGUGGAGAGCUCCUGAUGGGGACAGGAACAGCAUCUGACAAAUCCAGGUCUCCUUUCUGACCCUCUGUGUCCCCCAGCCCUGCUCGCCAAAGCUGCAGACAUUCUAACUCUUUCUUCUGUCUAACUCUUUCCGGAAUUCUUACCCAUCACCUGCUGCUCACGGAUUCCAGCCGUUCACCAGGAGAGCAUCAGCCAAGCUUCUGUGUUUGUGACGAUUGCUUAGCCAGCUUGUAAAUGUGACAUGGAGGUACUUUAACUGUUGUUCUGGGUCCCUGCUGCCCAGGCACCUGGUUCUCUGUGUAUUACUGGCUUCUAUUUUGCAGCAGAAAGGUUCUUUGCUGAUGUAAGAUUAACGUGUGCUCUCUUGAAGGUAUGAUGGUGACACUUCCCUGUGUUAGCUUUCUUGCUAUGGUUGUCAUUUUCUAUUUCAAUUAAACAAAAGGAAGAUUUAACUCUG